CCAACUAUUAUUGGGUGUCUCUCAUGUAGCCCCAGAAAGAAAUUGCUAUGGAGAAGUUGAGAUUAGAAUGAAACAGCUUCAUUCUGACUUGGACAAGGGAGUGGGAAGUGUUAAGUAUACAUUAUCAGGAGACGGAGCUGGGACUGUGUUUACCAUUGACGAGACCACAGGGGACAUUCAUGCCAUAAGGAGCCUUGAUCGUGAAGAGAAGCCUUUCUACACUCUGCGUGCUCAAGCAGUGGACAUAGAAACGAGGAAGCCACUGGAGCCGGAAUCAGAGUUCAUCAUCAAAGUGCAGGACAUUAAUGAUAAUGAGCCAAAAUUCCUUGAUGGGCCUUAUGUUGCCAGUGUCCCUGAAAUGUCUCCAGUAGCCCAUGAGAAAGGGAAAAUACAAAGCAGAGAGCAAACAGCCAGGACCAUGGACAGUUCACCACGAGGAUGGAUCUGCAUACAAGGGGCAUACGUGCUUCAGGUCAAAGCAACAGAUGCGGAUGAUCCAACAUAUGGUAAUAGUGCCAGAGUGGUUUACAGUAUUCUUCAGGGACAGCCAUAUUUCUCCAUCGAUCCCAAGACAGGUGUCAUCAGGACAGCCUUGCCAAACAUGGACAGAGAAGUCAAAGAACAGUAUCAAGUUCUCAUUCAAGCCAAGGACAUGGGAGGGCAGCUUGGAGGAUUAGCUGGAACAACAACUGUGAAUAUCACUCUCACUGAUGUCAAUGACAAUCCACCUCGAUUUCCCAAGAGUAUCUUCCACUUAAAAGUGCCCGAGUCUUCUCUUGUUGGUUCAGCCAUUGGAAGGAUCAGAGCAGUGGACCCUGACUCUGGGAAAAAUGCAGAAAUUGAAUAUAUGAUUGUUCCAGGAGAUGGAGGAAAUUUGUUUGACAUCAGCACAGAUGAGAACACGCAAGAAGGGAUCAUCAAAUUAAAAAAGCCACUGGACUUUGAAACAAAAAAGGCCUACACUUUUAAAGUAGAAGCCUCAAACGUCCAUCUUGAUCAUCGCUUCCAUUCUGUGGGCCCAUUCAAGGAUACUGCCACAGUGAAAAUCAAUGUGUUGGAUGUGGAUGAACCUCCAGUUUUCAGCAAACCUUUUUACACCAUGGAAGUUUAUGAGGACACACCGAUUGGGACUAUUAUAGGAGCUGUGACGGCCCAGGACUUGGAUGUCGGGAGCAGUGCUGUUAGGUACUUCAUAGACUGGAAGAGCGAUGUGGACAGUUACUUUACAAUAGAUGGAAUGGAAGGAACUAUUGCCACAAAUGAAUUACUGGACAGAGAGACCACUGCACAGUACAAUUUUUCAAUAAUUGCAAGUAAAGUCAGCAAUCCACUAUUAACCAGCAAGGUCAAUGUCAUCAUAAAUGUCUUAGACGUCAAUGAAUUUCCUCCUGAAAUUGCAGUGCCCUAUGAGUCCUAUGUGUGUGAGAAUGCAAGACCAGGACAGGUAAUACAGAUUGUUGGUGCAGCAGACAAGGAUCUGUCACCUGCAGGGCAAAGAUUCUCCUUUCGACUCUCACCAGAGGUUUCUACAAAGCCAAAUUUCACAGUCCACGAUUUCAGAAACAAUACAGCUGGGAUUGUGGCCAGGAGAAGUGGUUACAGCCGUCGGCAGCAAGAGUUGUAUUUCCUUCCCGUUGUGAUAGAAGAUAGCAGUUAUCCCAUACAAAGCAGUACAAACACAAUGACAAUUCGGGUUUGCAGAUGUGACUCAGAUGGUACUAUCCUGUCUUGCAAUGUUGAAGCCAUCUUCCUGCCAGUGGGGCUCAGCACAGGGGCCUUGAUAGCAAUCCUGUUGUGUAUUAUUAUACUUCUAGUCAUCGUGGUUCUCUAUGUAGCCCUGCGACGGCAGAAGAAAAAAGACACUCUUAUGACCUCUAAGGAAGACAUCCGAGACAAUGUCAUCCAUUAUGAUGAUGAAGGUGGUGGUGAAGAGGACACUCAGGCUUUUGACAUUGGAGCCCUGAGGAAUCCCAAAGCAAUUGAGGAUAAUAAAAUACGUAGGGAUAUAAAGCCGGAUGCUCUCUGCUUACCUCGUUCAAGACCGCCUGCAGAGGACAACAGAAAUAUUAGAGAUUUCAUCAAUCAGAGGCUGAGAGAAAAUGAUGGCGACCCCUCAGCUCCACCUUAUGACUCACUAGCGACUUAUGCUUAUGAAGGAAAUGGAUCUGUGGCUGAAUCUCUCAGCUCUAUAGAUUCACUUGCAACGGAGGCAGACCAGGAUUAUGACUAUCUGAGUGACUGGGGACCACGCUUUAAAGUCUUAGCAGAGAUGUUUGGAGAAGAAGAAAGUUAUAAUCCUGAUAAAGUCACUUAGCUGGGGGCAGGGGGGAAAGGAAAAGUUAACCCACAAUAAAUUUUAAAAUAAACAAGCUUUAUAGGACAAGAUUCCUUUGAUUAUAAGAGACAGAAGCUGUUUCCAGCAAGUUCCUAUAUUUAUCAAAAUGUCAAUCUUGAUUUCGCUAUUUGCCAGGGGAUGGAUCACCCUUGACUAUCUACUUUCUUUUUGUUAGUUGGUUGGUUGGUUGAGUUUUAUUUUUUAUUACCUUGGCGUCACACUGAGACAACCUCAGGCCUAUUAGCUACAAUGUAUUGAUAGAAAUACACAGAAAGAAAGAUAGCUUUCUGGCAUCAUGGUGGAAGAGUGGUAGAUGUUUUCUUAAUUCCACUGAAGUGCCUCUUGAAACUCUUACCAUUUAAAGCGGAAAUGACUGCAGCAAUGGAGCUAAGAAAAACUGGCAUAAAGGGAAGGACAGUCACUUUUAUGUCAAGAAGCAAUAGCCACAAUGCUGACUUCCGAUUCUUUUAAAACACACAUCUACAACAAUGGCUGGAAUAAUUCCAGUGACCACCCUACUUAAAGGGGGCAGAGUUCAUUUCAGUUUGGGUUUGUUUCACUAGAGAAACAAAUUGUCUGACAGGACACUACAUAUCUUCUGCCUACACUUCAUGGGGUGGGGUGGGAUUUAAAAAGUUGUUAUUCCCAUUGACGUUGUAAAGUCUUAGACUGAAAUCAAUGAAUAUUUAAGAAGUUCAUCAAAAUGUUACACUUUUCCAAGAAUUAAAAAAAAGAAAUGAGAUGUGACAGAGGUACGUAUUUCUUGUUUGGAUGGUCCAAUUGUUCGCCAAGAGUUCUCUUCUUUCAGAGGAUGAUGUGUUUUGAAUAUUGGGUCAGAAGAAGAGAAUUCUCUGAGCAUCUCUUUUUAUGCAAACAAACAAGUCAGCCACCAAGCAAACAAAUGGGUUGUCCCUCUUUUAUUUUAUCUUUGCACUAACGUCUUUUUACAUCUAUCGUGUUUUGACAAUAUAAUGUAAAUAUUCUCACUUGACAUGAGUUGACUGCGGAGGUGUGGCAUCUACCAGAGUUACCACCUGUUCAUUAGAUUGGGUGUAAAUAAGACAUUAUGAAAUGUAUUGUCAGCAAGGUGUACCUCAAAAAAUUUGAGUCACUACUUUCCAUUUCAGAAAUGCACAUUUGUAAAACUGAAUGAAUUGAAUUCCAUAAGUUUAAAGAGGUUCUUUUCAAUACUUUAUUCAGUAAUCAACAUGAAAUGAUGGGAGUAGAUACCCACAACUAUUGGUCAUAAUCAGAUGCAUGAUGUUGCCUCUGUUUUGCUCCACUAGUUGAGUGAAUGACCAGAUUGACUACUAUUUUCCCAGUUAGAAGUUGGCAACUCUGUGGGGAAAAAAAACAUUAAUUAGCCAGUUUGUUUCUUACCCUAAUUAUUCUGCUGUUACACAUGGAGUAAAAAAAGAACAUGGCAUAUCCUCUCCAUGUGUUAUAGCUCCCUCGGCUCAUCAAUCAGGAAAUGGAUGGGAUAAUUCAAGUGGCCAUGAUAGUCUGCCUCAGUGUGUUGGCAAAAGAAAACAAAGGCGAAAUUGUAAAGACUAGCAGUUCCAUCUCAGUGUGAGCUUUUAUGGAUCAAAAUUAGAGAUGGGGGUAUUUGUAUUUGAAUAC